GCCAGGUCGUGACGUCACUUGCCUCCCCUAGAAACCUUCCUCGGCGUCUCCGUAGGAGAAAGAAUAUCAAACAUGGGUUUGUUAUCAAUCCUUCGAAAACUGAAGAGUGCCCCUGACCAAGAGGUGCGCAUCCUGCUUUUGGGUCUUGACAAUGGAGGAAAGACAACACUACUCAAGCAACUAGCUUCUGAGGACAUUAGUCAUAUCACUCCCACACAGGGCUUCAAUAUUAAGAGUGUCCAGUCACAGGGAUUCAAGCUGAAUGUGUGGGAUAUAGGUGGGCAGAGGAAGAUCAGACCAUACUGGAGAAACUACUUUGAAAACACUGAUAUACUUAUUUACGUCAUAGACAGUGCAGAUCGAAAGAGGUUUGAAGAAACAGGGCAGGAGCUGGCUGAGUUGCUGGAUGAAGAGAAACUUAGUGGCGUCCCUGUUCUCGUCUUUGCCAACAAGCAGGACCUGCUCACUGCAGCUCCUGCCUCGGAGAUCGCCGAGGGCCUAAACCUGCACACCAUCCGAGACCGCAUAUGGCAGAUCCAGUCCUGCUCUGCUCUUACGGGAGAGGGAGUCCAGGAUGGCAUGAACUGGGUUUGCAAGAAUGUCACAGCAAAGAAGAAGUAGGAGCAUUAGUACAUUAAAGCUUCUCCGGGCAUUGUGUGGAAAAACAAAACGCUGUGCACUAUGUGGAUUGUUCACCAGCUGGUCCAGGUUACAGGGGAAUGACCUCUUCUGACAGCAGCUGGGGAGGCCUAGGACAAGUCAUCCAUGAUACUCCCCAGUUGUCCACUGCAACUGCACUGCAAGUCCCCUGCAACAUUCCUCUGGGACCCACCAUGUGAUGUCAUGAGUUCCCCUCUCACUUUACUAUUCCUUUGUAAAACUUGCUCUGAAAAUUCAAUGCUACAUCUAGUCAAGUACCACAGCCGUUAACCCCUAACACUAGGCUUACCUUACCAGUGCUAGCCAUGCUUGGGUCUUACGGAUGCUUACUAUAUUUACUAUAUGUAUUUCAAGACUAAACUUCUCUUCUUGGCCAAGUCUGUUUGUCAUCUGUCUGCAAAGGCUUGUUACUUCAUGAGUAGCAGUUUUACAGUGUGUGGUCAUCCAUGGAAAACAUUUUUGAGAGUGCUGCUUUUAUGAGUGGAAACUGAAGGUUUUGUGUCAUUUCUGGAUGUGUGUGUGUGUGUGUGAGAGAGAGAGAGUGUCUCAGAUUAGUGUACCAAUUUUAGAAAGAUGUGGUUUGACAUUACACACUUAUUGGAGGUGUCGGUAUAUGCAGAUGCAAUGCUGAGUGUUUUUCUCUGUGUAUAUUAUUGAACACUUCUUUUACAUCUGAGAGUUUAGUUCUUGAAGGGACCUUUGUGUAACUUGCUUCAAAAGAGCAUUCUGCUGGCUGAGACUGGAAUUGUUGACGGGUGUGCUGGUGACUGGUUUAGCAGGCUUAAGCAUCUGGUUGUAGCAGUGGAAAUGUGUUGUGUGUUUUUUUUGUGAGACAGUAUGUGUGCUACAGGUUGGCCUGGGUCACCACUAACUAGAGCAGGUGUGUGUGUGUUUUGGGGAGGUAACUUUAAUUUCUGCAUUGGGUUUCAUUCAUUGGGUUCCAGUGCACCACAAUACAAUAGGGAUUUAUGUUGGUACCUCUAGUCUUACCACCCACUUUAUUUAUUUUUAUUUUUUUUAAGAAACUUAUUUAUUUGGCAUACCUUGUAAGUGUACAUUCAGAGGAUAUAGCCCAUCUGUUCAUAUGCAUACUUUAGGCUAGUCAUCACUGGUCAGUUUCUGACUACAUGACCCCCUUUUGGGCUCUGCCGGAUGCUCCUAGUAGCAUAGCGGUCUCCUCACUGAUGCCACUCCAACAUCACAGUCAAAUUGCAUAGAGAAUUGUUCACUGUCAUAAUAUCCGCUCAGCAAUGGUCCUCUGGUCUGGAACUAUCUAGUGAUGAAUGGGGUGGAGGGUGGCAGAAAAAUAUGUGCAUGACAACAAAUUAUAAUUAUACCCAGAUUACAGUUUGUAAUUAUACACCUAUAAAAUGUACCUGUAAGAUUUGUGUACCUAAUAAAGUAACCAGUAGGUAUAGAUGCAAGGUGUUUCUGAUAUAGAGGGUGGUGAGUGUAUAUGCUGUUGUUUUACUAUUUUAUUGUUGUUUUUCUUGUUUGUUUGUUUUUUGUUUCUUUGUUUAGUUUUUCCCUCAUUCAUUUGAUUGUCUGAGUAAAACAUUUGAAAUGAAUAUUACAAUGACUGAUGUUCAGCAUUUUGAAAGAUACAAAAAAAAUGUUUGAAUUUAUACAAAAAUCAUCUUCCAUCUAACUGUUUCUAUGGAAUCUCCAACAUCAUAUAUGAGAAGGAGAUGCUGCUGGCACAGUAACAGACCAAGAAAUAUUGGUGUCCUACAUACUGGGUUCUUUUGGUGUCUUCCUGUAGGCAGCCGGGUUUUUUGUUGAAUGCAGGAAAUUAUUGUAAAGUAGAAUGUCUGCUGUCCUAUUUGGUCAUAGUUCAGCGUGACUUAAUGUAUGACUCUCUUUUGUAGAUUGUUUUCUUUUUUGUGUCUUGUUUGCUUAUAUUUUUCAUAUUUAGUGAUUAAAACACCAUGCUGUCUGUAACAUUUCA